AUCCUCCUCAGAUCCCCCCCAGAAACUGUAUCAUGCAGGCACUUGCACCGGAUACUGCCGUCUUUGGACAACCUCCACACCUUUCCUCCCCAACCUGCUCCGCCUGCUCCUCUCCCUCGCUCUCUCCGAAAUCUCCCUCCUCUUUUCCACAUUCCUCUCCCCCAACCAGCUCGACAGGCCUUUCGCGCACACACCGAGUACUGUUCCCUGCAAUCCCCCGGGCACCGGCCAAUACAGUACGGUAAUCAAAUACCACCAGUACUUUUUAGCUUGCCGGGAAAUUUAGAAAGUACCCAGGCAAGGUGAGGCACCAAUCAAUUCUAGGGUGUUUGGAUGCUUUGUGAGUUGCCAAGUAGUUGACCUGCGUGAACAUGCCAUCCCCCUGUUGACGGUACAGCUUUAAUGGUAACGGUUAGCUGUGCUCACUGCAAGCCACAGCGCCGUGCGUACCCACAACCACGUAACCGGGCGGGAGCGAAAACGAGAAUACCAGAGUGCUAGCAACUCACGUUGGCGGUGAGCGUAAAGUAUAUCAUAUGGGAAGGCGGAGCGGAUGAGCGGGAGGGUAUUAUGCUAUUAUGCUUAUCUUGAGUGGUAGGGCUUCUGUCUCGAGGGAUCAGUAACAGGUAAUUCCGGGAGAGGAAGAGAGAAAGCGAAAAAAAGGAAGUAACAGCCCCCCACCCCACCCCGAGAUGUAAUGUCAACAGUGCUGGUACCAGCACAAACGGUGAUUACCUUCUUGAUGAUUGGGAUACGAAGAUUGCACCGCAGCAGUGCUUUUAUGGUAUCGCACGAUCGGGAGGUCGAGCCCUGUGGGGGGGGGAAGGAGAUUUUGGGUUAGUUAGAUUGGACUGGCAAGGUGCAGACCAGUAUGCUGCUAUGCGGUGCUUUCCUUCUCCACACCGGCACCUCCCCUCUGCCGCGAGUAAUUGACGAUUAGCACUUUCUUCCCCGACACCCCUACCGUACUGUAUCCUAGCAUCAUACGCAUGGUCUGGGGAUGUUUGCUGCCCGAGUAGCGGUAUACUCGGAUGAUUUGAAGCCGGCGGUUUGUGAUUGAGAGUGGGCGCAUUGGUAGGGGAUAAGAGGGGCAGAUAGGGAUAUAAGAAUCCCCCUCCUCCCUGAAGUUUACCUGGAAUCGCUAUCUUCUGUGCUACGACGAUAACAAGCCUUUCCUUCUUCACCAUCACCAUCCUCUUCUUCUGAGGGAUAAACAAAGCGAUCACCAUGAUUACUCCUUCGGAAGUCACUACUUUUGCCAGCGACUUGGGCGUCCCGGCUACCGGUUUGCAGAAGAUUAGUGAGUAUGGGCUUGCUUCUGGGAGCCAGGGGAUCUGGCAAGGCAUUGCGGUGUUGAUUCUCACUCUACUAUUCCCUAACAAAACGUUGUUGCCGGAUAUGCCUGGGUAUAACGCCAGUAUGAGUAUUAAUUGGUGAGUCCGACCUCCCCCUGCCCGGGUUGUUUGGUUGAUCGAGUGAGCGAGCAUGGCGCUAAUACGGCGGAAUCGGGAUAGGUCCAUGAGAGCAUGGUUGCCCCCUCAAGCGAUCUUCAUGCCGACUUCGGCACAAGAUGUAGCAAAGUCGGUUAAAAUCAUCAAUUUCUUCUCCGUGCCAUUCGCGGUGCGCUCCGGGGGGCACACCCCCUUCCCCGGGAGCGCGAGCAUCUCCGACGGAAUCCUCAUUUCUCUUCAGAACCUUACCGCCCUAGAGCUCUCGGAAUCAAAGGAUCUUGUCUCCGUCGGCCCAGGGAAUAGAUGGAUCAGGGUCUACGACUUCCUAGCACCUCACAACCUCGGCACUGUCGGUGGCAGAGUCCCUAGCGUCGGCAUCGGCGGCUUAACCACUGGAGGCGGAAACUCCUACUUCUCAACCGGCCAUGGAAUGGCGUGUGAUAAUGUCGCCAGCUUCGAAGUUGUCAUCGCGGACGGGAGCAUCGUCACGGCAUCUGCUGCGGAGAAUAAGGAAUUGUUCUGGGCUCUCAAGGGCGGGAGCAAUAACUUUGGGAUUGUCACUCGGUUCAACUUGUUCACCAUCCCGAUUCCCAAUGGGAAAGUCUGGGGCGGGAACACGAUUUUCUUGCCUCAGCAGUUCAACCGCGUUACCGAUGCGAUUGCCGAGUAUCAGAAGAAUGGCCAAUUGACUGACCCUGAUGCGGCGAUCAUCCCUAGCAUGUCCUACCAAGGGCAGGGCAAUUCGAGCGCUUUCAUGGUGACUGUUUUUCAUGCUAGCGGCCAGAAGCCGGCAUCCCUGGACCCUAUCUUCAAUAUCGGCCCCGUGGCCGACAGUAGCAGACAGAUGACCUUGCCAGAAAUAGCGAGGGAGGCUGGCGGUGGGGAAGCUGGUGCUAAUCAACCUCCAUUUCGGUGUGUGCGCUCUCUUCACGUAAAUGACCUGAAGAAUCAUCCGACUUCUAAUAAUUGUGGUGUUGUCUAGAUAUGACUUCCGAACCAUAAGCAUCAGCGUCUCCUCGGAAUUCUACCGCGAGAUCGUCGCCCUCUUUCAACAGACCUACACGACGAAUACCACCCUCUCCUCCAUCCCUGGCUACCGCAUAACCCUAACUUUCCAGCCCGUCGCCGCAUCAACCGUGAAACACGGCAAGACUCGCGGCGGAAAUGCAAUGGGUAUAUCGGAGAAGGCUCAGACAUGGCUGUGCUUGACAUCCGGCUGGGUGCUCCCAUCCGACGACCAGGUCAUGCUCCCGCUUAGCAUUAGCUUCAUCAAGCAGAUCGAGGACCUGGCGAAGGCUAAGGGCCUGUUCGAGCAGUAUUUGUUCCUCAAUGAUGCUGCUAUCGAUCAGGAGGUUAUCGCUAGCUACGGAGAUGCGCAGGUGAAAGAAUUAAAGAGGGUUUCCCAGAAGUAUGAUCCCAAGGGAGUGUUUCAAAAGUUGGUAAAGGGAGGGUUUAAGUUGCCUUAGCGGCGUUAAUAAUGUAAUACUGUAUUUAUCAUAGUCUUUGGGUUGCUGGGUAGCAAAUUAGGGUUUCAUUGAAUAGCAUUAAUAUUAUAUCCUCGUUUAUUCUGCU